AUGCGCCUCAUCAAGUGUGCGACUUUUGAACUUGAGGAGUUUCUCGGUAGCAACAUACCCAAGUACGCCAUAUUGUCUCAUACAUGGGGCAAUGAAGAGGUUUCGUUUGCGGAAUUCAAGUCCGACUUGAAUUCGGUCAGAUCCAAAGAAGGUUUUUCCAAAAUAAAUUCAUCUUGCGCUCAAGCUCUUCGGGAUGGACUACACUAUAUAUGGGUCGACACUUGCUGCAUUGAUAAGAGUUCUAGUUCAGAACUGUCUGAAGCUAUCAACUCGAUGUUCCAAUGGUACAAGCGCUCCACCAUAUGCUAUGCCUAUCUCUCUGAUGUAACGUUGGAGACGUUUCUUGUAAGCUUUCCACAGAGUCGUUGGUACUGUCGAGGCUGGACUCUCCAAGAGCUAUUAGCACCCAAAAAGCUUGUUUUCUACGACCGGGACUGGCAUGGAUUAGGCACUAAACAAGAUCACGCCGACUGGAUAUCUAGAUUUACCCGAAUAGACGUCGGCGCUUUACUUGAUGAGACCUGGUACGACCGCGCAGCUGAUUUAAUUACACCAGCGGGUCUUGGGGUCUUUUGUGUUGCUAAACGAAUGUCAUGGGCCUCCGAUCGGGAAACAACUAGAGUGGAAGAUGCAGCAUACUGCCUAUUAGGAAUUUUCGACGUCAACAUGCCACUGCUUUACGGGGAAGGAGACCGAGCUUUCAUUCGUCUUCAGGAAGAGAUCAUAAAGAGUUGUGACGACGACUCCAUAUUGGCAUGGGGCCUGGAUACGGAGGCGGAUGACGACUUUGACGUGCCUGAAAAAAUAAUGGAUGCUGUUUACGGUGGAGCUACCCCGGAGGAAACACUAGCCCCAUCACCCGAAUAUUUCAGGGAUUGCCAUGAGCUUAAGUAUGCUGCAGCGUCGCCCUCUCCAUUCGUAAUGACAAAUCUUGGCCUUCAGAUUGAGCUCCCUCUGGUGCCCAUUCGUGCAAUGCAUUCAAUUCCUCUGGCUCAUGAAGCAGGAGAUAUUCUGGGUUGGAUUGGGCUGCUCACCUGCGGAGGGCCCUCAGACGAGUAUCUUUUGGGGAUCGUGCUUUGGCCAGAAGCACAUGGAAUGACUAUCCCAGGCAAAGUUUUGCGCGUUCUGUUCGGAUUGUCAAAGCAAACGGUGCUAGUUGGCGCAAGAGUGGCUGCUGAGGCCGUUUUGUCUAAAAUUACUAUUCUUCGAAACAAUGACAGCCAAUCAGCUCGAAAGUAUUCUUAUGGAACUCGUCAAAUCAUGAUUAACGAGGGUGAAACCAUAUCGUGGCUUGGACUUGAUGAAAAUAACAAACCAGCGGCAUUAUACGCAUUUGCGACAGAUGUGCUAGACGAACAUCCGGGUCACUUCUACAAAUGGAAUCCCGUAACUGCAGUUCUCACUGUCAAAAAUCAGUUCAGUGGAUGUGAUCUGAUUACCAUCAACUUCGACGUCCGGAAUGGCUACGUUAAUCCCUUCUCGGUAUUAAUUCGUGGUCCCAGGGCGAUGGUACGGAAAGGACUCACAUUCUCACCUUUAGAACAGACUGAAAUCUACGAGUUAUUGAGUCACGAAAACAAGCAGAAAGAUAUAGACGACUUUGUUCUAGUAGGCAGGAAUGGGAUCUUAUACAGAGUUACGGUUGAAAUGACGGAAAAGACUGUUUGCAGCUGGAAGAUCAUCGAGGUAAAUAUCGAUGCUGUCAGGUUGAUGAAAGGUAAGAAUAUUAAUGGCGUCAGGGUUGAUGAUGGUAAGAAUGUUGAUGCCGUCAGUAUUGAUACAAGUCAAGAUGGUUCUGUCGAAAGUUGCGCAGAGCUAUCUGAUCGAAAUAGCGGUCUUUGA